AUGUUCGCCACAAAGCGAUUAAGCAAGGAGCUUAUCAAGAUCAAAGAACACCUCCCGCCGGGAAUCUCCAUCGUGAAAUCCGACAAUCUGGAGGAAUGGCAAAUGGACAUCAGAGUCCUCGAUGAGAAUCCUCUCUACCUCAAUCAAAUAUACCGUUUGAAAUUCACAUUCAACAACAAAUACCCAAUUGAACCCCCAGAAGUCCAAUUCAUCGAGUUGCCAACCACCUCCGAGACCCCGCGCCCGAUCCCAAUCCACCCGCACAUCUACAGCAACGGGAUCAUCUGCCUGGAUCUCCUCAGCUCGGCCGGCUGGUCGCCCGUGCAGACGGUUGAAAGCGUCUGCAUGAGCAUUCAAAGCAUGCUCACGGCCAACAGUCGCAACGAGCGGCCCCCCGGCGACAAGGACUUCGUCUCGUACAACCGUCGCCGGCCGCGGGAUAUCAAUUUCAUGUAUGAUGAUGAUAACAUAUAG